CUCUUCCAACAGUUCAACCUUUUCCUCUUAUCUCUGCUUCUCAAAGUGUCCUUCGACAGUUUCUUUAACCUACUGCAUCAGCAAACAUGAAAUCGUUCUUCGUAGUUAUAAGAAGACUAUGGGGAGCCCUUUUCCAAAGGCAAAGACAGCGAUGCAGAUUCUUCCUGAUCCCAGAGUUACUAGAAAUGAUUCUCCUUCAUUUCAACAUGCGUGAGUUGCUCUUGUCAUCUCGCGUCUGUCGCCAUUGGUACAAUGUCAUCCAACAAUCCAGCCGAAUCCAGAGAGCAUUGUUCUUCCGCCCCAGCCUUCCGCGCGCCGCAAUCGGUGAACCGGGGCUGAAGAACCCACUGGUGCGGGACCAGAUAUGGGACGAAUUCUUCGUCCGCGUACUCGACUCGCGUCGGCGACCCGGGAACGAAAGACACCAUCUUCCGAAGAUGAGAUCCCGCAAACGGGAAGAGGCGUAUCUGCGCCCUGAAGCCAGCUGGAGGAGGAUGCUGCUGCACCAGCCGCCUACUUCAUUCAUCCGGUUCCUGGAUCCAGAUUGGUGCUGGUCGCCGGCGGCGGAGCGUGGGGCCAUCACGCUGGGCGAUCUGGAGCGGCUAAUCGACGCCGGGGCGAUCGUUCCCUCGGCCAGGCCGUUCGUUUGCUGUCCGGAGGUCAUACGCCAGCCGGUCCGGUGGCGGGAGGCGUACGGCUGGCUAUCCGAAGGCGACAGUUACCGCCGGGCGUUCGUGGACCGAUACCUCGAAUGCUACGACUUGGUCAUCUAUGUUGACGAUGAGACUAACUGGCACUGGCAACGCACUUCUACACCCACGCCGUUCACGGAGUGGGUCAUGUCUGCGGGUCUGAAGCUGCGAAAGCUGGAGACCCCCGCUGAAGCAUUGAUCAAUGGGAAAGAGGGUGACGAGGUGUAUCGAGAAUUGGCUCUUCUUCGUGGCUUCUGAUAUAUCACGACAUUGCUCGCUUUGUG